AUGGGCAUUGUUAAUUCGAGCAUGCUCACUCAAUUGUUCCCGCCCAAGCCGGCAUUCACAGAGAAGAGUAUCCCGGAUCUGCAAGGAAAGGUAUACAUCGUCACCGGCUCCAACACGGGCGUCGGCAAGGAACUAGCGCGGCUGCUCUACUCCCGGAACGGCCGCGUCUACAUCGCCGCGCGCUCAGAGGCCAAGGCCCUCAGCGCCAUCGAGGACAUCGAGCGGUCGGCGCCGCGGUCCAAGGGCGCCCUGCGCUUCCUGCGCCUCGACCUCGCCGACCUGGCCACCAUCAAGGCGACGGUGGAGGAGUUCACGGGCCGCGAGAGCAGGCUGCACGUGCUCUUCAACAACGCGGGCGUCAUGUACGCCGGCGCGGACAGGACGGCGCAGGGCCACGAGAUGCACCUCGGCGUCAACGUCCUGGGCACCUUCCUGCUCACGAAGCUGCUCACGCCGACGCUGGCGGCCACGGCGCGCGCGGAGCAGGAGGAGGAGGAGGAGGAGGAGGGGGAGGAGGAGCGGGGGACGGCGGGGGCCGCGGUGCGCGUGGUGUGGGUCGCGUCGCAGGCGGCCGAGAUGUUCGCCGCCAGGUCGGUCGGGAUGCCGAUGGACGACCCGGACUGCAGCGCGACGGAGCGGGCGCCGCUCGACCGGUACGGCCUCAGCAAGGUGGGCAACUGGGCGCACGCGGCCGAGUACGCGAAGCGCGUCGGCAGGCGGGAGGGCAUCGUCAGCGUGGCGCUGAACCCAGGCAACCUCGCGUCGGAGCUGUACCGCGAGCAGCGGGGCCUGUUCCGGCUCCUGGCCAGGAUGAUCACGUACCCCUGCGUCAACGGGGCGUACACGGAGCUGUUUGCGGGGCUGUCGCCCGAGGUGACGAUGGGGAGGACUGGUGGCCUGGACUGGGUGAUUCCGUUUGGUAGGAUCCAGCCUAUCCGGAAGGACUUGAUGGACGCGAUCAAGAGCGAGGCCGAGGGCGGGACGGAUGGCAACGCCAAGUUCUGGGAUUGGACGGAGGAACAAGUCAGGCCCGACCUUCUUUACCAACAUUUCACACUGCCACAGCGUAAAUUCCAAACCCCCGAAACAGUAAUGUCUCACAUGAAUGUCACCCGGUUUGGAUCGAGUGCAUUUCGACGAGCUCGUGCGACGAGCCGGAGCACCCAAGGUAGUCGACGCCGGUUGGGAGGGAAUUUCCGUCGCUCCGCGGCCUCUGGAACACGCACGAUCGCCGAUGCAGCCCGUUGCAAAACCCCAGAUGCCGUGCAACGUGCCAACCCGGCAGAUGAGGUCCAGAUUGGUGGUGCGAGGCUUGCCAUCACAGCUUCUCAAACUAGAAUCCCUCCCUCCCUCAGGUCUCUCUCAGACUCCCCUCUCCAAUUCAAAUCCGAGCCAACUCCCACCAUCACCCGCGCAUCACUCACCACCCUCACAUUCGUUCACUCAUACGAAUGCCCGCCGAUACAGCCGCUGCUCAAGGCUGAGAAUUUGGAUCGCGGACAUGCACAGACUGCAAGGACUAUGAAACGCAAGCGGAUCUCCUUCGCCACGCAGCUGGCCUGUCUGGCACUUGUUGCGCUCACCUUGUAUUUCAGCCGUCGCCAGCUUGCUCAGCUCCCACGGCCUUCGCUUCUCUCAGGCAAUAGCAAUGAGACGCCUGCGGGCUCUAACAAUGGUGCCCUGUCGCAGGGCAGCCUCGAGGCCUACGUCAAAGCCAUCAUGGAGCCUGGCGACAAAGAGCUACCAAGGAUGGAGUGUCCUCAGCUCAGCAUUUCUCGCUACAAUCACCUCAAGCCUUCGGUCCCGAUCAGAGACCCAGAGAUACCGUACUUCUUUGCACUAGAUCUCAGAGAUUGUCUCAACAUCCUCCCUCGCCUCAUCGGAAGCGUCGUCGAAGUUAUUCGGUUUCUCGGUCCGGAGCGCUGCGCUCUGUCUAUCGUCGAAGGACACUCACCUGAUGGGACGGGCGAGGUCUUGCAGGCACUCAAGACCGAACUGGAUAUUUUGCCGACUACUUACUACUUCCAGUCGACCGACAUUGAUCCCACGCACGGCGACCGCAUCGCUAAGCUGGCUACGCUGAGGAACAUGGCUCUGCAGCCGAUGCUUCUCCACCCCAAGUCCUUCUCCGCCGACACCACGGUGGUGUUCAUCAACGAUGUCGCCAUCUGCCCCGAAGACAUCUUGGAGCUGCUGCACCAGCGACGACACCUCGACGCCGACAUGACCUGUGCCUUUGACUGGACAUAUGUCGGGCGGGACCCGACGUUCUACGAUGUCUGGGUCGCUCGAGGCAUGAACGGGGACUCUUUCUUCGAGGUACCCGCCGACGGCAGUUGGGACUCUGCGUGGAAUCUGUUCUGGAACGACCCCGAGGCGCAGUCGCGGUACUCGUCCCACCGGCCGUUUCAGGCCUUCUCCUGCUGGAACGGCGCUGCGGCGUUCACUGCCGCGCCCAUCGUCGAGAAGAAAGUGGCGUUCCGCGGGCCGCGGGAGGGCGAGUGCGGCCAGGGCGAGCCGCAGCUGUUCUGCAAGGACCUGUGGUUCAACGGCUACGGCAGGAUCGCUGUGGUUCCGGCGGUGAGCCUGGGGUACUCGGACGCGACGGGCAAGCAGAUCAAGGAUGCCAAGGGGUACACGUCGCAGUGGGUCGGGCAGGACGGGCAGGUCGACGAUACGAUUGAGUGGCAGCACGAGCCGCCGGAGCGGAUCAAGUGCAUGCCGGCGUGGGAGAACCAACACUGGCAGCUGUGGAACGAGACGUUGAGGUGA